GUGUCAGUCUGUGACGUUCCUUGUUCGAUUCUGUGAGAUGUCCAGGUACGGUCGGCACGGAGGGGAGACUAAAGUUUAUGUUGGGAACCUCGGCACUGGUGCAGGGAAAGGCGAACUCGAGCGGGCUUUCGGUUAUUACGGGCCAUUGAGAACGGUGUGGAUUGCCAGAAACCCUCCAGGAUUUGCCUUUGUCGAAUUUGAUGAUCCCAGAGACGCUGAGGAUGCCGUCCGUGGCCUCGAUGGCAAAGUGAUCUGUGGAACCCGUGUACGUGUCGAGUUAUCAACAGGUAUGCCGCGCCGCUCCCGUUACGACCGCCCGCCCACUCGGCGCCCCUUCGACCCUAACGACCGUUGCUACGAGUGCGGUGAGAAGGGGCAUUACGCGUACGACUGUCACCGCUACAGUCGCCGCAGACGGAGCAGGUCUCGUUCUCGCUCACGCUCUCGUGGACGGAGGUAUUCUCGUUCCCGCUCUCGCAGCCGGAGCCGAGGCAGGAGGUCGAGGUCCUUCUCUCCUCGCCGCUCCGGCUCCCCAUGGAGGUCCAGGUCUCGCACACCCAGAAGGUCCAGGUCUAGAUCACGAUCCAGAUCUCGUUCUGUAUCUCAUCCGAGGAGCAGAUCAGGCUCUGUUGGGAGAUCCAGGUCUGAUUCUGCAGCCAGGAGUCGCUCUCCUUCUCGAAGCCCCAGCAGAAGCAAGAGCCCAGAAUGAGCUGACCUAAGGAUCCUCAACUAUCUAUAUAAAUUUAAUUUAAAAAAUUUUUCCCCCUUAUCAUUGUCUUUUUUUGUUUGUUUGUUUGUUUGUUUGUUUGCAUCUCAGUUUGGAAUUGAAGAUUU